CUAAACCACUCUGUAGUAAAGAAAGAGGGAGUAGUAGGAUGAAAUAGUAUUACAUAUCUUAGAAAGUACUCUUAGAAACAAAUAAUUUGUAGAUACAUCUGAGCUGACAAGAAAUUAUGCAAGACUGAGUGAAUGAUGGUGCUUCUUGGUGACUGAUAUUAAGAAAACAAUGUCGUGUUCACCUGAGAAACCAAAUUUCAGGUCACCAUUGAAAGAGCCACCAUCUCCUAGCUGGAAUGAUUUGUUGCUAAAGAAGAAGAAAGCGCUGAAUCACGUCCUUUUCACUAUGCAUCUUCAAUCCCGUAAGCCAUCAUCAUCUCCUUCUCCGCAACUUCGUAAAUCCCUAGAUUUCACCCUUCCUUCUCUUGUCUCCGAUCCAACUUCCCUUCUUUCUGAUGAAAUACUUCUUUCCAUUCUCUCUAAACUCCCUAAUUCCCAAAGAAACUCCAAUUCCCUUGUAUCCAAACGCUGGCUCAAUCUCCAAGGCCGUCUCGUGAGGUCCAUUAAGCUUCUUGAUAGGGAUUUCCUUGUUUCAGGUAGGUUGUUUGUUCGGUUUCCAAAUCUUAUCCAUGUUGAUAUGGUGAACGCGUCUCUGAUUUCACCCGGGAAUUCUGGUGUUUUUUACUCUCAUCAGUUGCUUUCUUCGCACGUGGAUUGUAAUGCUGAUGCGAAAGAUUGGUUUCUCAAGGAAAGAUUUGUGUUGCCUUGUGAUGAAAUUGAUAAGGGGUUGAGAAUACUAGCCAGUGGUUGUCCUAAUUUGCGUAGAUUGUUGGUGGUAAAUGCUAGUGAAUUGGGAUUAUUGGGCGUGGCCGAGGAAUGUCCAACUUUGCAAGUGCUAGAAUUGCACAGAUGCAAUGAUCAGGUUCUUCGUGGGAUUGCAGCCUGUCAGAACUUGCAGAUAUUGAGAUUGAUUGGAAAUGUUGACGGAUUUUAUAAAUCUUCGGUUACUGAUAGUGGACUGACUAUUUUAGCUCAGGGAUGUAAGAGAUUGGUGAAGCUAGAGUUGAGUGGUUGUGAAGGGAGCUAUGAAGGGAUUAAGGCAAUAGCACAAUGUUGUCAAAUGCUGGAAGAGUUAAUUCUUCGUGAUCAUCGGAUGGAGGGUGGUUGGCUGUCUGCUCUUUCAUACUGUGAAAAUUUGAAGACUUUGAGGUUUUUGUCUUGUAAAAGUAUUGAUAAUUGUGGAUGGUUUGAUGAAGAUGUAGGAUCUUGCCCAGCACUUGAAAGAGUACAUUUCGAGAAAUGCCAAUUAAGAAAUAAGGAGAGUUUGAGGACAUUGUUUCUACUAUGUCAAGAUGUUAGAGAGGUUAUUUUCCACAACUGUUGGGGAUUGGAUAAUGAAAUGUUCACUCUUGCCUGUGGUCUAAGGAGAGUGAAGUCUCUUUGCCUAGAAAGCUGUUCACUGCUCACGACUGAAGGCCUCGAAUCUGCACUCCUUUCUUUGAAGGAGAUCCAGAGCCUCAAGGUGAUUUCAUGUGGCAAUAUAAAGGAUAGUGAAAUCAGUCCAGCACUUUCUACAUUGUUCUCCGCACUAAAAGAUUUUCAGUGGAGACCAGACACAAAAGCUCUUCUUUCAGCUGGUCUUGCGGGAACUGGCAUGCGAAAAAGGGGCAAUAAACUGUUCAAGAAGACGUGCGACUGGAAGUCACUGCCUGGUGCAUAGACUGGAUACUAGAUUUUACCUCCUCAUCAUGCGUAUAAGGACUUUUAACACAUGAAAGAGGUCAGUGUACUGUCAGCAAUGAGGCCUUGAUGUCAUAUCCUGUACUUGUAGUCGUUUAAGAAUGUAAUGUAGGAACUAUAGGAAAAUUGGCACUUUCUCAGGGUAGAGAUGGAGAAAGAGGCCUAAUUUAAUGUAUACGGCUCAAUGUUGUACCCUCAGGAGCAUUCAGCUAAGCCA